AUGACACAAUUGGCGCGAGAAAACCUGUCUGGGACCCAGUCUCAGGCAGCAGCGGUGAUUGUCAUCGGCGCUGGUGUAGGUGGUCUGCAGACAGCCUGCAAACUGCAGCAAGCCGGUAUUUCUUGCCUGGUUCUCGAACCGUCGGGCCAAAUUUGCGGCCAAGCUUUCAGCAACAACUUCAGCGUCGAGCACCAUCCACGCACGCAUGCUCUUGCCACGGGCUUGGGACUUGUUGAUGGACUGAGAUCAGUGCAGGGCAAAGCCACGCUCGAGAGCUUCGCAGCCUUUGAGCACGACCAACAGCCAGCUCUCGACGCCGAAGACGCAGCAUCGCUCGUCAAAGUCAAGACGAUCCUAGACACCCUUUCGCUGCGGCGGGAUGAUCCUCAGAGGGACGUGGACAUGACGGUUGAACAACUCGUUUCCUCCUGCGGCGCCACAGAUACCGUGGCCGAAAUGGCGAACCUAUGGACUCGCACCAUCUUCGGCCUUUCCUCCAACAAUGUUAGUGCGUCCCAAUUUCUAUCACAGUGUGACUCGUGUGGUGGCCUCGGCCCAGUUCUCGACAACAUGUAUGGCUUGGGCGACAACCUUGCCGUACCCGAAUUGUCGCAUCAGAUUGCAACGGCAAUGGCCCAACAUCUUAGUUCGCGAUCUCUUCACCUGAACCAAGAAGUCGAUAGAGUUGAGCACGGGGACGAAAAUACUUGCAUAAUUUACACAAAAUCGGGCAACGUCUUUCAUGGAAACAAGAUUGUGCUUGCUGGCUCUCUGUCCAGCUGCAGUUCGCUUGACAUAGCGCCACCUCCUGCGGCCGUGGCCCCUUGGGAGACGAUGAAAGAGGAGCAAGGAUUCAGCACCACAGUAGAUAUCGUCUUUGACCAUCCUUGGUGGCAGCAGCGUGGCUUGUCCGGCCACGCCCAGGGCCUGACCGGACCAAUCGCUCAGGUGCGCCCGUCGGGCCUCAUCGCGACUGAUGGUCUCUACGCCCUCUCCUGCCAGGUAGCUGGCGAGCAGGCCCGCGGCAUGUGGCUGUGGCUCAUGUCGGACGAGGAGCGCGAAAUGCUCCUCGUGCAGCAUCUGAGCGCCAUCUUUGGCGGGGCUAUUCCGCGCGCGGUGCAAGUCGUCGAGCGAGACCAGGAUGCCCUGGUCAGCGGGCAGCAGUCCUUGCACCUGGCCGGAGAGAAUGCCGGCCAGCGGGGCCGGCAUCGGUGGACUUCCGAGGGCAAUGUCCACUUUGCCGGCGCCGAUACCAGCCAUGUCUGGAGAGGAUACUUGGAGGGCGCAUUGGUGGCUGGAGAGAGAGCUGCAGCUGAAAUCAUGGCCGUUGUCGGCGCGGCAAAGCCCAUGGAAAUGGCUCCCCGCUUGUGA